AUGCUAGAAGCUUUAGUAAUAAAGUAUAUAUCGCAAAGAUAAUAGUGCUAUUAGAAAGCUUUAGAUUUGUAGAUAUAAUUUCAUACUAAGCUUAUAAUUUUUAGUCAAUUUUUACCUACUACACCCUACUACACUCGUGGAGUAGCCAAGUGGAAGGUGGAUACUAACUAGGUAUAUCUGACCAAUAAUCGUUAAUUACCUUUUUGGGCAAUUAACAAGGGGGGUACUAGGAGACUGUCCAGUCUGUCCUUAGGGGCUCUACGAGCAGCCGCAGGCGUCUGUGCUCGCGAGGCCCGCUUUAAGUUAGGAUGAUUCCACAGUCAUUUAAGCGCAUUAAUAGUCAGUGCACUUCCUGUUGCGCUAUCGCUUACAGUCAGCGGAAGCAAGUGCAAUGUUUGGCACACAUAUAUCGCUCUUAACUACGAUAUAGCGCCCCACCCACCUUUCGGAAAGACAUAUAAAUAGUAUAGAAUUAUAGGUAUAAUUAAUUAUUAUCCUAUACGAAAAGAGUACUUUUUUUUAAAUAUGAAUUGCGUACGAUGCGGACGAGUUUCUGUGUUUCUGUACCUGAGGCUCUGUUUACUCCGAAUAUUAGACCUUAAUGUCACGAAUCACGUGUUCACGUGAUAAGAGAAGACCAGGCGGCGUCCUGAAAGGUCAAGCACUAUCAGUACUCUUAUAGCAAAUAGGGACGCUUGGGCUAGCUAAGCGAUCCAGGGAUUUCAUUCGGUUAGUAUCACGUGACAGGGUCACAUGAUCGUUGGAGCUUGCAGGAGCUUGCGUUGGAGCUUGAGGAUCUUGGGCUCCCCGUAGGCUCCACGAGAACGAAGGUUCUAUAUAAGACUGGCACUUCUGCCAUUAGAUAGGAGCUUCGUGCUCAACUUAGUUAUCAAUCUUAUCAUAUCAGUUUGACAUCUUUGAUACAAGUAACGAGUUCACUUCCAAGUGAACAACCCGAUAGUCUUCUUCUUAUCAUAGCAUACCAACCAGCGAACACCCAGCCAAGUUUAGUUAGCCAGUUUGAGUAUUCGUUACAACUACUACUUAGCUUAAAGAAAAUUCACUUGUUUAAAUAAGAGCUAGAUUUACUACUAACUAAAGGGUAGUAAAUUUCUUAUAAAUUAGGCGAGGGAGGGGGGUAUUAAAAUACUAAAUACCCGGGUAUUAAUUUACUAGCUAUAUAGCUUCCUGUAACGAAUACUCAAACUGGCUAACUAAACUUGGCUGGGUGUUCGCUGGUUGGUAUGCUAUGAUAAGAAGAAGACUAUCAGGUUGUUCACUUGGAAGUGAACUCGUUACUUGUAUCAAAGAUGUCAAAUUAGUAUGAUAAGAUUGAUAACUAAGUUGAGCACGAAGCUCCUAUCUAAUGGCAGACGUGCCAGUCCUAUAUAGGACCCUCAUUCCCAUGAUCGCUGCUGGUCGCCGCGACCAAGACGACCUGGCCGUUGUAGUCGCUCGCGACCCAGCGACCACCAUUUGUCACGUGAUAACAAUACAGAGAAGUCCCUGGAUCGCUUAGCUACUCCAAACGAUUCCUAAUUGCUACAAGAAACCUGGAUGUGCCUGUCGAGGGUUGCGCCUCUUAUUAUGACAGGUAUCACGUGAACACGUGAUUCGUGACACUUCCCCUAACCCUUUACGUUAUACUUACUUUCGCUAAUUAUAAGCGACUAAGCGUAGUAGGAAGAUAUACUAACUUUUAUUGCCUUCAUAAAAGUUCUUUAGUUUAAAAAUUAGUUUUAAUCCGAUAUCUACUUUUCCAACUUACCACUUAGUUGUUUAGUACUUAAUCUAGUUUAAUAUCCUCUCGUCUCGAUGUGAUUUAUUCCUCGUCCCUCGGAUCCCAAAAGAGACUCUAGAAGGCUUCGUGUGGGCCAGAACGUUAAACCUCAGAUACCUACUACAUUAGGUAAAGCGUUAAGAUACCUACUACAUUAGGAAGGAAAAGUGGGUGCGUGGUGAGUCAGCAGGAAUAUCAAAACUUGAAAACUCGGCGGUACAAUGCGUAAGGCUCUUUCUAGCUACGUAGCGGCACUUCUACCGGUCGGACAGACGUACAAAUAAGACGUAUUUGUAGGGACAAUUAAGUACUGUUAUAUUCUCGAAGUAUAUGUCGUUCCGACAUGUGCGCAUACAGCUACGUAGGUGCAAAGAGCCGCAUGCGUACAGGUGAGGCUCACGUGCGUAUGCGGCUCUCGGUACCGGCUCCCCGUGUGGCUAAGUGUGGCUUUGCGGCAAUACGAGCGAUACGAGUUCUGGCCCACACGACGCCUAUAAGAGUCUCCUUCGAGACUCUUAUACUAAGAUUGUUUAGUACUAUACCUUCUCAACUCCCUCACCACAAGAAAUCCCACAAUCCAUCACCAUUACCAUCAAAUUCAUAGUCCCACAGUCCUACAAAGGUUAUACCUACUAUACUAUACUAUACUUGUCACGGAUGCCAACAAAGGAUAAAGUGUAUACAGCUUUUGAAUCAAUUGCUAGAACUAAAACCGUAGGUACGAAGAAAUCAAACUAAAGAGAGAAGAGAAUCUGAAAGGAGCGAAGUUAUUUAAGUUGUUCCAAUGCCAAGUCUCGUCACGUGCUUGGCCAAGCGAAUGAAAUCCUGUCAAAUGAAAUCCAGCUCCGUCACAAUACUAUACAUAGACAUAGACAUAGACAUAGACAUAAAAUAAAUAAAAUAAAUAACCUCUUUUCCUUACUAUUACACUUUCCCUUCACCUUACCAUUACCAUUACCAUUACCCUUACUAUUUAUUACCUUAAUAAACGUAACUAGCUAAUGUCCUACCUUAAUGAAACCUUAUUCAUAUUAAUCUCCUAAUAACUAAUACCUUCUACUUUCCUAGUAGAAAAGCUAAUAAUCUGUUGUGCUGGAUCUACUUUCUCUUUUGCUCCACUUCCUUAUUUGAUCCACUUAUAGUUCUGCUGCCUAAAUGCUUCAUGUCUGCCUAAACCUUACACUCUUUAUAUAAACACCUUAGAUAGCUACCUUUUACAAUGCAAUCAAUUCUCCAUGACCUUCAGUACCCAAUACCCUUUCAACCCAAUAUAAUCUAAUCGUCCUACGUCGGGGGAUUAGAUAUUUAAUAUUAGUACAUUUACUAAUUUAGUGAAUAAUCUAUACUCUAUAAACCCACCUAGGUACAAGGCACAAGUUCACAACACCACCCCUAUUACUCACAAUACCGCUUCCAUUCCCCCAUUUCCCCAUUUCCACAACCCACCAAAGUCCUAUACAAUGACACCAAAGAUCCUCUCAUCCUCCCCCUAAUAGAUACCCUAACCCUAUACCCUAUACCCUAUAUUCAAUCCCACACCAUAUCCCCCAUCCCAUCCCCUCUCACCUGACCCUCUACCCACUAAUCCCUCCACCCNGUAGGUAGGUAGGUAGGUAGGUAGGUAGGUAGGUAGGUAGGUAGGUAGGUAGGUAGGUAGGUAGGUAGGUAGGUAGGUAGGUAGGUAGGUAGGUAGGUAGGUAGGUAGGUAGGUAGGUAGGUAGGUAGGUAGGUAGGUAGGUAGGUAGGUAGGUAGGUAGGUAGGUAGGUAGGUAGGUAGGUAGGUAGGUAGGUAGGUAGGUAGGUAGGUAGGUAGGUAGGUAGGUAGGUAGGUAGGUAGGUAGGUAGGUAGGUAGGUAGGUAGGUAGGUAGGUAGGUAGGUAGGUAGGUAGGUAGGUAGGUAGGUAGGUAGGUAGGUAGGUAGGUAGGUAGGUAGGUAGGUAGGUAGGUAGGUAGGUAGGUAGGUAGGUAGGUAGGUAGGUAGGUAGGUAGGUAGGUAGGUAGGUAGGUAGGUAGGUAGGUAGGUAGGUAGGUAGGUAGGUAGGUAGGUAGGUAGGUAGGUAGGUAGGUAGGUAGGUAGGUAGGUAGGUAGGUAGGUAGGUAGGUAGGUAGGUAGGUAGGUAGGUAGGUAGGUAGGUAGGUAGGUUGGGUAAGGUUAGGUAAGUAGUACGAGGAUGAGGAUGAGGAUGAGGAUGAGGAUGAGGAUGAGGAUGAGGAUGAGGAUGAGGAUGAGGAUGAGGAUGAGGACAAAGGUAUAAAUAUAGUAUCCACGAGUUACCAUAUACACACACACAGCACUCAAAGUCUCUAACUCAAAAACCCCAAAAAUCGGUAAUAUUAUCAUCAAACACCGCCAGGAUUCAGAAUCUGGGAGAGGAGGAGAAGAAAUAUCAUUACCACUUCCACAAUUAUCUCUAUCGCUCUCUCUAUCGCUAUUUCUAUAACAUACACCCACACAACCCCCAAAACAACAUUUCAUCACUCCACUCCACUCCAUCCCACAUCCCCCUCUCAAAAUGGGCCAAAAAGAAAAUAAUCAAACAAGACCACCAGAAGGUCUAUCUAUAGCACAAGUUCCAAAAUGGAGAUGUAGACUUCCUAUCCACGGUCACUCACACAUCUUCUGUUAGGAAGGAGUGGGAGAAUGGUAAGGUAGGAGGUGUGGAAGCGAGAUCAGAUAAGACCAUAUAGAGGUCUAGGAAGCUCUCCACCCAAACGAGAAGAAGUCGAGACCUCGCGUCCGGUCUUCAUCUUGACGCUUUUGGGGGGUGUCUUGAUUCCUACGUAUGCCUCGCGUCUAGCUGGGUCGCCAACAGUGACGGAGCGUGAGGAGAGGCCGUAG